CUGUGGUAUUCGCAGAUCUCAGCGCCGGGACAUCGGUAGGCAAUUUUUCUGGUAGUCAUCACCAAGUAAGUCGGACUGACGAACGCAAAAAUUCUCAACGUUCCGGCUUCCUCUGGAUGCGGUCCGCUCGGCGAGCAAUUAACAGCUUUCAGAUUAUUGGCAAGUCCGACAGUGAGUCCCGGCAGCAUCCAAGCCUGGUCGCAGUCCACCACUGACGUCAAAUGUAUGCUUUGCGGAGGCACGUCGCUCGAUCAUGCCUUCCGCGAAUAUUUGCAAGAGGCUGCUGAGUUCGAUGCUGGGCAUAUGGACGCAACGGUGGCUAAGGUGCGGCUAAAUGUCCUGUCAGGUAUUAUUGACUACCUCAAGGAGCGUAUGCUUGCAAACUAUGUUCAGGCAUUCCAGCCGCCCAAGUGCUCCUCCCCUAACCCGAACGGGGAUUCAAAUGAAGACUUCGUUUCUGUGAAGAUCAACGGCUUCCGAAUCACGGUAGCACUGGAUCGCAGUACCCUUGAGAACAUGAUCAGUCAAGUCGCUCGUGGAAUCAACAUGCAGCAUGCAAUGGUUCCACCUAGCGACACCUGCGUGUACGUUAUGGUGGUGGGCGGGCUCAGCCUUAACAACCAUGUUUAUGGCGAGAUACCCAAGCAGGUGACUGCUGCAAACCGUGCGAUCAUAUUCACUCCGCUUGAGAAGGGCACAAGGUCAGACUGAAUUGCUGCCUCUAGCGCCAUGGCAGUCCUUGUGUUGCUGUAACAUCUAUGGGCAGAAGGAGUGCUCUUUGUGCCGCACAUCAUUAAUUUGCGCGACCUACGUCCAGAGUAUGCAGUUGGCCCUCUGCGGGAGAACGCGACUUACACCCCAAAGUGGCAUCCCAAUGGAGCCUAUGAUGCGAGUGACAGGAUCGGAAAGCAAACACCUGUCAAUUGUCGAGUUGUCAAGC